AUGGAAGCUAGAAUCGAGAAAAUUGAAGAGAACAUGGCGAAAUUGCAGAAAGAACUCGAAGAUAAGAUAACCCAAAAUAGUCAGAGUACCCUGGAUUCUAUCAUGAAAAGCCAGAAAUCUUUAGUUAACCAAAUCGUUGCUAAGUUGUCGAGUUUACAGCAGGCCAGUGCACCUUGGGUAGGUUCAUCCGAGAGGGUAGCUAUACCACUGACCCCACAAGUAAUUGUCUCAUCCGGGAUCUUACCCGGACUACAAGGUGACUCAUCUGCCACAAAAGGGAAAGUUGUAUCGGCUGCAAAUAUACAAACUUCUGCAACUAACCCUGACAGUCAUCCGGACGACUGCCUUAUCCUGGAUUUUAACGAGGAGGAUAAGGCAAAGAAGAUGGAAGAGAAUAUCAAAAUACUGGAAGACCAGAUAAAGAUGGUCAAAGGGGACAACGACUAUUAUGGGGUGGAUGCAAUGGAGCUGAGCUUGGUUCCCAAUUUGGUGCUUCCACCAAAAUUCAAAGUCCCGGAGUUGGAGAAGUUCGACGAGAACAGCUGCCCUUCAGCCCAAAUCACUAUGUUUUGUCAGAAGAUGACCGAAUAUAGGGGAAAUGACCAACUCCUGAUCCACUGCUUCCAGGAGAGCCUGUCUGGUUCAUCUAUCCGGUGGUACAACUAG